CCCAUGGCUUCCCGCCGCCCCCGCUGACCGGCCGCCCCUCGCCUCCUCCCGAGCCGGGCCGGGCCGGGGCCAGGCAGAGAAGAUGGGGAACACCACGUCCUGCUGCGUCUCCUCCAGCCCCAAGCUGCGCCGGAAUGCCCACUCUCGGCUGGAGUCCUACCGCCCCGAGGCCGAGCUGAGCCGGGAGGACACGGGCUGCAACCUGCAGCACAUCAGCGACCGGGAGAACAUCGACGAUUUGAACAUGGAAUUCAACCCAUCAGAUCAUCCACGGGCCAGUACAAUAUUUCUCAGUAAAUCACAAACAGAUGGAGGAAAAUUAUUGAGAGAAAAACGCAAGAGUCUCUAUAUAAACCACCAUCCUCCUGGGCAGUUGAGAAGGAAGUACAGUUCCUGCUCCACUAUUUUCCUGGAUGACAGCACGGUCAGUCAACCAAACCUCAAGUAUACCAUCAAAUGUGUAGCUCUUGCAAUAUAUUACCACAUCAAAAACAGGGACACAGACGGAAGAAUGCUCUUAGAUAUAUUUGAUGAAAACCUUCAUCCCCUUUCGAAAUCCGAAGUGCCACCAGACUAUGACAAACACGAUCCAGAGCAGAAACAGAUUUACCGCUUUGUCCGGACGUUGUUCAGUGCUGCUCAACUGACUGCUGAAUGUGCCAUUGUCACCCUGGUAUAUCUUGAAAGACUCUUAACUUAUGCAGAGAUAGAUAUUUGUCCAGCAAACUGGAAGCGAAUAGUACUGGGGGCAAUUCUACUGGCAUCUAAAGUUUGGGACGACCAGGCAGUGUGGAACGUGGAUUACUGCCAGAUCCUGAAGGAUAUCACAGUGGAAGACAUGAAUGAGCUAGAACGCCAGUUUCUUGAGCUGUUACAGUUCAAUAUUAAUGUUCCCUCCAGUGUUUAUGCCAAGUAUUAUUUUGAUUUGCGUUCCCUGGCAGAAGCGAAUAACCUGAGUUUUCCAUUGGAGCCUCUCAGCAGGGACAGGGCAUAUAAACUUGAGGCCAUUUCUCGCCUAUGUGAAGAUAAAUACAAGGACUUCAGGAAAGCUGCAAAGAAACGGUCGGUCAGUGCUGACAAUCUGACUGUGGUUAGAUGGUCCCCUGCAAUUAUCUCCUAACAGAGGAGACUGGAAUAUUCCUACAGACAAACUGUUUCAUCCAUCCAUUUUUUUCAGAGUGGGCUGGGGGCGGGGGGAUAAAGAAAAAAAGACUUUUGAUUUUUUUAUUUUUAAAUCUGUCAAGCUGCCUUUACAGUGCCUCCCCAUUGUGUAGCACACGAGUGAAAUACCUAACGGAAGGAGAAAUGGAGAGAAAUCGGUGUUUGGGAGAGAAGAUCGGCAACAAUUAUUUUCUAACUUCCACUAACAGCUUUACACUUUUAUGAGGAAACAGCAAAUCAGGUGCUUGGAAGAAGAAACAAAAAAAUGAAGUAGAGGCAGAAAAAUAUUUAAGAACUCUGCCAUUUUCUAUUAUACUGUACUCAUGAAGGGAAAUGGCAGCAUGAAAAAAAAACAUGUAGUCAGAUGACUGUGCACUAGAGGAAUGACGUUGGGAGAGUUCCAUCUUAAAGGUUUCUCUUAAUAUCUUCUUUUUGUUGUUGUUAUUGUUGUUGCUGGGUUUUUUUGCAUUCCUCAUUGCUGCUUCCCAGGAUAAAUUCUUCCCCUUGCACAGCAGGAAAUACAAAGUCUGUAUUUACAGUAGCACAAGCCCCUGAAUAAAUAGCGUUGGGUUUUUUCACUGCACUUUUCUCUGUAACCUGUCUUAUUAGCAUUAUUCUUCUUAAUUAUUAUGCAUAUGUUACAUUUCUUGUAUGCCUUUUAUUGUAUUUUGAAAGAGAGAACUUGACCAUAGUGCUGAACCAAAAGUGUGUACAGGGAUCAGAAGAUCUUCAUAAUUUCAUGAUGUGUUUUAUUUAUAGUAUACUUGGGUGCGUGUGCCUUCCUGAGUUCUUGGAAUCAUUUAUUUUUCCAUGAUAUAAAGAUACAGUUGUUAAAGUCGUGAGAUGAUGAUGAUAAGACUUGGGCCAAAUCUCUGAAAUUUGCAACAGAUCUUGUGAUCCUUUUUGCAGAUUUUCAUAGCAUUAGAAGUUUAGCAGAAUUCAUCCAUUUUGAAGGAGAUUUUUUUUUUGUAUGGCCUGACAAGUUCAUUCCUUCACCUCCAGGUCCAUUGUUGCAAGCAAUAGUCUCAAUUUUUAUAUGUUUACUUUAAAUCAAAGUGAGUCUGUUUGUAUAAAAUAAAAAAUAAUAAAAAAAAUUGUUCCAAUGAGAAGGCCUAUAGAAGAGCAGAAUGGAAAUCUUAACAAGAUAUCUGUCACAAGGAGAUUUGAUUUGGAAGCUAAAAUACAAAUCCUCAUGUUUUUCAGUGUAGGUGCUUAUAGAAAUUAAAAGUAACUGAACUGUGAAUAUAAUUUCCAACUCAGAUUAUUAAACUCCUCUGUUAUUAUUAUUUUGCUCUUACUGUGACUGCUCCCCCUCGGCAAUUUUAAGAACCUUUUAUACAAAAUAACUUCUCAGUAUAAGCAUAUUUACUUCGUAACACCAGAGGGUGAUUUUUUUCCCCCCACUUUUCUUGUUUUUUAGGGUUUUUUUUGCACAGUUUAGAAAGAUAGAGCUGAAAGCUCUCAGUUCCCUGAAAUCUGUCCUUGCGACUGUCACUGAAGGGAAUGGCAGCAGAUGUCCCUGCUUUGUGCACUACUGUUGUAACCCACAAAGAUUCAAUGUUUGUGUUGUUAAGCCCUAUGGGCUUGUAGCAGCCUGGGGGCCCAGGGAUGCACACGUGGCCCCCAGGGCGAUGCUGAUCCGGGCAGGCACCGACAGGAGAGAAGCAGUGAAACCAAACGGUUUCCUGUCAGCUUUCCAAUGGGAUUUGUUUAGUUUGAGACAUGAAGGCUUUGUCCAUUAAUUCUCCUGAUGUUCUUUGGGCCUUUAAAAUAAUCUAAUUCUCAUCACUUCUUGUUGUGCCAAUGCAUCAGAACUGUGAGUAUCCAAGUCCAUUUUUCCCUUGAACAUGGAAUGUAAGGCAAGUGUUUAUAACAAAUUACCGCAUUUGAAACCUCUUUACAGAUAGUAUCAAAAGGAACAUUUUCAGAGCAUUUGAAAUUCAUCCUUUAUAAGCAUAAAUUUAGGCUUUAAAAUAUGUAAAAUAUUUUGAUUUAUCAACACUUUGCUAAACUAUUUUCCAUUUAACUUGAUAUCAGGAAUAUUGGUUAUAUCCAUUUCUGGGUGAUAGAGAUAUGAACUUUGGAUUAUGUAAAGAUAUCAAUGCAUCUACUAUAAUUUUUGUGAAGUUUAUUAAACUACUUUAAAGAUUGUAUAGUCUAUUUAUUGUAUGUAUGUACAUACAGUCUGAUACUUUAAAAAGUGGAUUCCGUAAAACCUGGCUCAGUCUUGUUUAGACUAUUGAAUAUCGUUUUAGCCUUGUGCACUGGACUCUACCUCUGUAUAGGAGAAUUUUCCAUAUUCUUAAUUAGUACUGAUUCUGUGAUUAACUUGGUUAUGUUUCUUGCACUAAGAAUUAAAAAAAAAUCUGCUGUAAGUGUGGAUUUUUUCUUUAGUUUUACCAUAUGAAUUCUCUGCAUUUAGAUGGAUGUUUCUUUCCCUCAUGGUUAUAGAAUAAUUCUUUGCUUUUUCUUCUGGUUUGUUCCAGGGUUGCCAAAAAAUACAGUACCUGUCAGUAAAUCUGAAAAUUGUCUUUUGUUUGCAAGGUAUUCUAUACCAGGUAAUUAAAAAUGAAUUAUUAUUUAGGAUUAUGUUGUGUUUAGUGUAGUUUUUUCAGCAUUACUGUAUGGAAAAUACCAUUGCAAAGUUAGAGCAUCACUGGAGAUGUAAGAAGGGAGGAGAACCAUAUAACAUUUUAAUUAACAGCACAAAGACAUUGUGUUUUGCUGUAAAUGUUUUCUGGAUUAAGAUUUUCAUUAUUGCUUUGGUCACCGGCUCAGAACUGAAAAGGUGUAGGAGAUAUAAUAAACCUGUCCCUUCAAGCA